GUUGGUUCCAGUAUGUUCCAGAAAUUCGAAUCGAAAGCAAGUGCUCCUAAAAAUUGUAGCGUCUUUGUAGUUAGAAAAUGCAAACAAACUGUUUAGUACCGAUGAGAAGUGACGUUUAGUUUGGGCUAUGCGUCGGCUUUCAUGUAUCGCCAUAAGCAAGCAACUCUCAAUCCAAUUUGGGCAACCAGAUACAGUUAAAGGUCGUCGUACCAGCUGUUGCCUUAGCUGCCUUAAAGUGGGAAAUAUCAUCGAAAGAAAGGCCUGCCGUUGUCCUCAAUCUAUCAAAGGAUACUCAAAGAGGAAAAUGGACUUGCCAGAGGGCAUUCUAAUUGGUUUCGGCAAUCCGCUGCUAGACAUAACCAGCAUUGUGGAGGACACAACGCUGCUCGAGAAAUACGAGCUGAAGCCCAAUGCUGCCAUCAUUGCCGAGGAGAAGCACAUGCCGCUUUUCGAGGAGCUGACCAACCAGGAGAACGUGCAAUAUUCGGCUGGGGGUGCUUGCCAGAAUUCAAUGCGUGUCUUCCAGUGGAUUGUGGGCAAACCAUUUCGAGCCCUGUUCUUUGGCGCCGUUGGCCGGGAUUCGUUUGGGGAUAGAAUUGCCAAGCGGGCGCUGUUCGAUGGCGUCGAGACGCACUAUCAGGUCAAGGACGAGGUAUCAACCGGCACCUGUGCGGUCAUAAUAUCGGGUCAAAAUCGCUCCCUGGUCGCAAGCUUGGGCGCCGCGGCUCUGUUCAGUGAGGAUUGGCUGGACAUUGAAGAGAACCAGUGUCUGUUUGAGCGCGCACAGUAUUUCUAUGCGACCGGCUUCAUUGUCGCCGUGAACGCAGCCAGCGUACUCCGCAUAGCGAAGCUCUCCAGCGACUCCAAUCGCUGUUUUGUGCUCAAUUUCAGCGCUGUCUUCGUGCUGCAAUCACACAAACUGGAGCUGGACCAUAUUCUGCCAUACACGAAUAUGGUUAUUGGCAACAAGCAGGAGGCCUUAGCAUAUGCCACGUCACAUGAUUGGGACACCACGGACAUCUUUGAGAUCGGACGAAAGCUGCAGAGCCUGCCCAAUGAAAAUAACCGUCCACGCAUUGUCAUGAUCACCGAUGCUGUCUGCCCGGUGCUCUGCUUCCAGGAAAACGAUAAGGUGCUCGAGUAUCCGGUACCCAAGGUUGACAAGAAAAUAAUUGUGGACACCAACGGCUGCGGCGACGCCUUUGUCGGCGGCUUCCUUUCGCAGCUGGUCCAACACAUGCCCCUCGACUACUGCAUCCGCACGGGCAUCUUUGCAUCACAGCAGGUCCUGCGCAUCGUCGGCAUCCAAAUUGACAAACUGUCCAAGUAUAGGGAGAGUUGCAUAUAAGAGGCACAUGCUCAUUUCUAACCAAAUUCAAGGGUAAAUUUUUAUAUAUUUUAUAAAUGGGAGCACCAAAAA